GUGCCUGCGCCAUCGCCUCACACGUUUCGUCUCCCUGCACCGCUCCUCCUCAUCGUCGUCUCCCCACCUGACCUGACCCGACCGAACCGACCCGACCACUCCUCCCCUGCUCUUCCGCCCCAAGCAAGACCCAUUAAACCCCCUCGCCCUCUCCUUUCGGGGCUCAUCUCGCCUCUCCCCCGUCCCCUGCCUGGACCCUCCCGAUCCGCCUCUCCUCGGAUUCCGGGUGGUUCCCAUUCCAUCGACGUACCCCCUAGUAUUCACUGCUUCGGUGUUGUGGGCUCCGUAGAUCGACGUGGCACCAGAACUAUCCGCGCUAGCUGUUGAUUUAUGUCGCCUGCUCUGCUGCCGCUCCAUGGUUCUGAGCUCACGUCGUCAGCAUCCUCUUCUUGCUCCUUUCUCCAGCCUGGGCAGGGGGGCGCCAGAGACUGCGGGUUUCGCUUCAGGAUCUCAGGAUUUGGAUUUGGGGUGAAGUACUCUGGGUUUCUACAUUUAGGCCCUCGCUUCCUACUUUGCCGCACCUGAGAUAGUAAAAGAGUUCAAGAAUCCCCCCCAAAUCACAGUCAGUCUUGGGUCUGGUUUGGGUGGAUUUCAUUACGUUUCCUCCAAGUUCAAACAGCCAGCAGGAUUUCCGAGUUGAGUCUGAAGAUCUUCGCUUUUCCGGUUUCCAUCAGAAGUUAGAGAGAACCCCUAUUCUGAUUUGCCAGAUUCCAUCUGUGCUGCAGUUCUUGCGCAGUUCAAGAGACUGCCCCAACUUUAUCCAAAAAGUUUCCUCCGUCUCAUUUGUGGUCAAUCUGGAAGCGGUGUGUCAAGAUGCGGCCCUCGGUGCAGAAGGUCCGCAUUUUCUGUUCUGAUCCUGAUGCUACUGACUCAUCUGAUGAUGAAGAUGGCCAGAUCAUCGCAGUGAAGAAAAUGGUUAUGGAGAUACUAGUCCCAGUGACAAACUCGAAGACAUCUAAUAGUCUGAAGACCCUUGUGCCGUGUGGAGCAAAGGACCUGGAGGUUUCAGAGAAGAAGGGUAAAUCAAGCAGGUUCCGUGGCGUGCGCAGGCGACGCUGGGGUCGAUGGGCAGCCGAGAUUCGUGAUCCUGUGAGAAAAACCAGGAAGUGGAUUGGCUCGUAUGACUCUGAGGAGGCUGCUGCUGCGGCAUAUCAGGCGUAUGCAAAACAGAUCCGUGAAGAGUUGCUAGCCAUCAAGAACCAACGGUCUGUAUCAGAACGUGCAGCUCUAUCAAGUUCAUCCUCGGUUUCUUGCGUAUCUUCGUCUCCCCCAUGUGAGCAGACAGGGCAUGAACCGCAGACUAGAGUGCUCGUGGAGAAAGAUCCUGAGCCUGUAGAUGAAGUCUUUCUGAACUUCUCUCUCACACCCAAGGGGAUUUCAAUGGACGAUUUGUUAGGACGGAUAGAUGAGAUUCCUGUUUGUGACGACCCUGUCAGCCCAACUGAUGAGCUUCCACUUGACAAUUUCACGAGCCUGGAAGAUGCAUUCCCGAUCAGCGAUUUCAUCGGUUCAAGAGAUGAGCAUCUGUAUGAGCACUAUAUUGGCCUGGCUGACAUUAGCCACCUGCCUCUUCCAAUGGAUGAUCCAGCUUUCAAUCUGGAUGCAGAGCUUGAUUGGAGUGGGUUUGACUUCGCUGCGAUUGAAGGUGAACUUGAUGUCCUUUGAGGCUGCAAUCAGUGAUGUGUUAUACUGAAACCUGCACUUGCUUAUGUUGUAUUCAGCUGAAAGCUCCUCUCUAUGUUUUUUAUAUUUGUCAGAAUACAACAAUGAAUACGGAUUCAGGUUUCAGUCCAUCUAUGUCAGAAUACAUGAGCACAGUUUCUUUCAUUUUGUUCUUAGAAAAACUGAUGACAUAUGGGUGCAGUCUAUCUCUAACAAGGAGUUCGCAUUUUUAA